AUGGGUAAAGUUCACGGUUCGCUCGCACGUGCGGGUAAAGUCAAGUCCCAGACACCCAAGGUUGAGCCUCAAGAGAAGAAGAAGAGCCCCAAGGGCCGCGCGAAGAAGAGACUCACAUACACCCGCCGUUUCGUGAACGUCACGAUGACCGGUGGCAAGCGAAAGAUGAACCCCAACCCGACCUCAUAA